GGCAUGGCAACGCUGGCAGCGGAUGACGUAAACACAAUUUUUUGUGUGCGCGUCCCCCCUGCACAGCGGCCGGAAGACCCUCCCGUUGUGGCGGUUAAGCAGCCACGGGAUGUGCCUUAAGGGGACGCUGCUCCGAGUCGGGGGAGGGGUUCUCGCGGAGGGGACCCGAGCCCUGACCAGCAGAUCGCACAGGUUGGGAUUCUUGCGGUAGGCUGACACCAGGUGAGAAGGUCGUGAUCAGGGGGAUCAUGGACUCACCAGGGGGAGGCUUCUUGGGGUCCAAGAAGCACCUGAACUGUCUCCUGAGGAAGGAUCUCGAAUAUCCCCUCUUCCUCAGGGCCGUGAACAGGGCUCCCGUGGCCGUGACGAAGUCCUCCCGCCUGGUGCAGAUCCGGUGGAAUCUUAGCAGCUGGGACUUGACCAGUCCCGCGUAGGUAUGUCGGGGGUGGAAACUGGUCUUGUGGAGGAGGGCGUGGGUGUCAGUCUGUUUGAAAUAAACCUUUAUGUCCAGAUUGUGAGUGGAGGGGAAGUCUGGACCUUUGUAUGUGGUGGUGUCCAAGAAAUCCACCGACAUGGGGCUGGUGGUGGACUUGAUAGUGAUACUGGGGUUGUGAGUAUUGAGGGUGUGGCGGAACACCUCAAACUCCUCUACGGAGUGGGCCCAUACCCCCCAGAUAUCAUCGAGGUACCGUAAGUAAUGCAGGGGCUUGAUCGGGCACGCUGCGAGGGCGGAGGUCUCCCAUUCCGCCAUAAAAAUAUUGGCGUAUGCCGGGGCAAAUUUCUUCCCCAUGGCUGUCCCUUUAAUCUGGAGGAAGAACUUCCCAUUAAAUUCGAAGUCGUUCCUCCUUAAAUUUAUGUCGAGCAGCUGCAGGAGUUCUUUGUCCGGCCUGCUAAUGUCUCGAUAUUUGCCAAAUAUAUUUUUUACGGCUUGGAUGCCCUGUUCAAUGUCUAUGUUUGUGUAUAAACUGUCUAUAUCAAUUGUGAACAGAAUGGCCUCUUGGGGAAUGGUCAGAUUUUUAAUUUUUUCUAUAAAAUCAUAUGUGUCUUUCAAAUAACUAUUGUGUUUGAUGGAAAGUGGCGUUAAAUAAAAAUCAAUAAAUUCUGCCGUCCUGUAGGUUUCGCUCCCACAGUCGGAAACUAUGGGCCUGCCCGGGGGUAUGACAUGGGGCUGGCUCCAUUUGUGGGGUUCCUUGUGGAUUUUGGGGAGUAAAUAAAACCUACGAGGACGGGGAUCCGAUUCGCCCAGGAGGUAAGUAAACUGUUUAUGAUUGAUGAAUCUUUUAUUUAAUAAAUUUUUAAUGAUUUUUUCCACCAUAGGGAUUGUGUCAAGAUAAAUGGGUGCGGCCAACGGGGAGUAGUAGGUGGUGUCGUUCAGUUGUCUGGUGCCCUCCCAGACAUACUGAGACCUGUCAAAGAUGACCACAGCGCUUCCUUUGUCUGCCGGUUUGAUAACAAUGUUAUUGUUAUUUUUCAGACUCUGAAGGGCCUCAGUUUCGUCACGCGUGAGGUUGGGCGUAAUGGCGAGGGCGCAACCCGAUAGGAGCGAUGGAUGCUCGUCCGCUAGGACCAGUGUGUGGACCUCUGGAGGUAGCAGACCGGGUGAGGGCUCCCACUCGGACCGGGCGGUGAAAGGUCGCGGACCGAGGGACCCUUGCUUUUCGUAGAACACCGCGAGUUUGACACCCCUGUGGUAUUCUUGUAAGUCAAACUUCAUUUGGUGGUGCCACUCAGGACUAAGGUUGGUGGAUGGGACGAACGUGAGGCCUUUAUUGAGGAGGGAGCGCUGUGAGGAGGUAAGUGUGAAAUGUUUUGCCAAAUUUACAAUGUUUUUGUUUGUGUUUGUGGUGGUGUUGUUUGUGCUUGUGUCACCCCCCCGACAGGUCGGGUUUUUGGGGAUGCCAUGUUUAAAUGGUGAAGCCAGUGCUUCAGCAUGUUUUUGGCCGUUUCCUCGGUCCAGUGAAGGUUGUCCCUCCCCGUAGCAAACUUCUCACUGGUGAGUGCCGGAAUGAAAUUAUAGUUUUUUUGAAUAUAAGUAUUAAUUUUGUGGAGGUUAUCUUUAUGUUCCUGGGGCAGGGCUUCUGAGAAGUUAAUGAUGGGGAUGGAAAUGUCGGCGUUCGGGAACACCGUUUUGGCCACCUUUAGGGCCCUUUGGAUUUGUUUAAAGGUGGUGGCCUUCGGGUUUUGUUCCUUGUUAUUGAGGCCGAACGAUAACACCACCAUUUCCACUUCGACACUAAUCUUUGUUUUUUCUAGGAUGGCCUCUGCGUGGCGGAAGUUGGCACCUGGAUAGCUGUCCAUCUGAAGGUCCUGGAGACGGACAGGUGGAAGACGACUAAUAUUGGAGUCACCAAUCACCAGGACCUUCUUAUCCACAGACAGGUGCCAAUCAACCAACUUGCGCGUUGUACUGAUGUGUCUAGUGGGGCCCCUGCGCGGACUGAUAGGUGUGGCUAAUUGUGUCGUGUCUGUAUCCUCUGUCGGCUGAGAGGCCGAAGCGACCGCUCUAGGCCCCUUCCGGAUUCCCGAAAAAAAUUGGGACCAGCUUGGACCCGCUUCGGGAACCGGCGUGCGUGGAGGAGGAGUGUCCACGAGGGGCACGUCCGGAAGAGGCGCGUCCGGGAGGGGCGCGUCCAGGAGGGAGGAAGUCGGCGAGGAUGGUCCCGGUAGGCCAGAACCUAGUUGAGACCAACUGGGGGGCGUGUCAGGGGGCAGCUGGGACCACCCUGGAGGCCCCUCAGGGGAUGACGCCGGCUGCUCAGGUGGCGGUGGCGCGUCCGAGACCGCAGGAGGGACCCUGACUUCGGUCUCGACCUGCGGAUGCGGCCUGGGUGGCGGGACCAGGGGAGCCUCGACAAUGGAGUUGUCGGGAGGACUGCUGCAUGGCUCCUGGGGUCGUGUCAUUCUCUGGGGCCUGGAUGGUGCCGCAGCCAGAGAAGAAGGCGACAAAACCGGGAAGGGGACCGGGGUGACCGGUCCCCUAGGACCCGGAACCGGCUCCACCACAGGGGACCAGUCCCCGACCACGGGGUCGGUCAUGGUGGACGCCGUGGCUCGCACAGGAGCGUGCAGGGUUGGAACCGGCAGGGGCAGCGGCAGCGGCAGCGGCAGCGGCGGCUGCACUACCUCCAUCACCACUCGGGUGCUGGAAGGAUCCAAGCGGACUGGUGACCCCGUCUGCUGGGAUCGUGACGGACUACCCCCCUCGUCCACGCCACGAACGUCCACACAGAUGGAGAUCACCAGACCCUCAGCCAGCCGCAGUGUCUCGGUGGUCAACCUGCGUCCCAGGUGUGUCCUGGUCCAAGCUGAGGCCACCUGGAAUGGUUCCUUCCAAUUUUGCCCAAUAAAAGCACUCAAUUUGUUGAUUUCCGAUAGCCACGCAGCACCUCCGCGUAGCUCCUGCGAGGCGGUUGUUGACGACGGUCCGCAAAAUGAUAAUCUUCAUCAUCAUAGCGGCCGUAUUGAGGUUGAGGACGAGGGGGCGGGGUCAUCUCACGCCGCGAUCGCUGUUUACGUCCGCGAGGACGGACGAGGACCCAUUCCUCGUCAUGCCACGCCGCCAUUUUUCGACAACCGAACGUCGUUGGAGAACAAGGACAUCCGGAGCACUCCCUGCGCCGGAUACGUCCGUGUUGCUAGGUCCAUGACCCUGUACUCGUGGGAAGACGAGGACUACCGGGGCAUCCCUUGCACCAGAGACAUCCGGAUUCCCAGGUGA